AUGACUCCGUUCUGGAUGAAGUUUGCAGCCUUAGCGCUUCUCAUCAGCGGGCACAGUAGCUUUGCCAUUCCUCGGUUGGAAGGAAAUUUUGACUCCGAUGACAGCGCUUCAACCCUGGCCUUUGUCUUCGAUGUUACCGGUUCAAUGUACGACGACCUCAAACAGGUGAUAGACGGGGCAUCAAGGAUCUUGGAAAAGACCCUGAGCCGGAGGACACGACCCAUCAAAAACUUUGUUUUGGUCCCUUUUCAUGACCCAGACAUUGGGCCUGUGUCUAUAACAACUGACCCAAAGAAGUUCCAGCAGGACCUUCAGGAGCUGUUUGUCCAGGGUGGAGGAGACUGUCCGGAGAUGAGUAUAGGAGCCAUAAAGAAAGCUCUAGAGGUUUCUCUGCCUGGAUCAUUCAUCUAUGUGUUCACAGAUGCCCGGGCCAAAGAUUACCGUCUGAAACGAGAUGUCCUUCAACUUGUGCAGCUCAAACAAUCUCAGGUGGUUUUCGUAUUGACCGGAGACUGUGGUGACCGCACUCAACCAGGAUACAGGGCAUAUGAAGAGAUUGCUGCCACAAGCUCUGGGCAGAUCUUCCACUUGGACAAACAGCAAGUCAAUGAGGUUUUGAAAUGGGUGGAGGAGACUGUCCAGGCCAUGAAGGUCCACCUGCUCUCAUCUGACCACGAGAAUGCUCAGGAGAGCCAGUGGGAGGUGCCCAUUGACCCCAGCCUGAAAGAGGUCACGGUGUCGCUCAGCGGUCCAGCACCUCAGAUUGAACUCACAGACCCUUUUGGUCGCACCGUUGGGGAAAGGCAUGGGCUCACAGAACUACUCAAUAUCCCAAACUCAGCGCGAGUUGUCAAUCUUAAGAAUCUCCUUCCUGGACCAUGGACACUGAAGGUGAGCUGCAGUGGCCGACACACCCUCAGGAUGACUGGGGUUAGCAACUUGGAUUUCAGGGCUGGCUUCUCUAGUGUCCCAGUGACUGAGUUCAACCACACCAGAGAGAGGCCUAUCAAAGGUGUCCCAGCUCAUGUGAUGCUGAAGUGCUCGGGUCUGAAACCACCUGGACUGAUCAGUCGCAUGGAGUUAGUCUCUGCAGGUGGCCGAUCUCUGCGCACAAUCCCUGUGCCCUUACCUUCAGACAAGGGCUCAAGCGGUAUCUGGACCAUCCCUGAAUUUCGCACCCCAUCCCAAAGCUUCUUCCUCAAAGUGUCUGGGAAGGAUGGAGAUGGGUACAAUUUCCAGAGACUUUCUAGUGUCUCCUAUACUAACAUUGUCCCAGAACCUCCAGUUGUCAGCAUGCCCACUGAGGUGAGGGGCUUUUAUAUGCUACCUACUGUGAUUAGCUGUUCGGUGGAGAGUGACAUCCCGUACAGGUUGAGAUUCACAAGGGGUGGAACCAUGCUUGGAGAGGAGAAAUUCUACCAGUCUAGUGCCAAAGCAUCAUGGGAAAUUCCCCAUGCUUCAGGAAAAGAUGAGGGACUAUAUGAGUGUGUGGCUCAGAGCACUGCAGGCAUGGGACAAGCCCUCACACAGCUUACUGUCAGGGAACCCCCUCCUGUUCUGCGGCCCCCCAUGAAUGUGACAUCAUCUACAGGGGCGGUGGCUGUGCUGUCUUGCCACGUACAGGGUUCCAUGCGGCACAACAUUACAUGGCGCCGGAUGGGCACUGCUCUGUCAUCCCGGUCAGGAAGAGUGAAGGUCCUGGCCAACUCCUCUCUGGAGAUUAAUGGGAUAAAAGCCCAAGAUGCUGGACCAUACCAGUGUGUGGCCACCAACGCACACGGGGAGAGCCGCAACACCGUGUGGCUCCUGGUUCCAGUGCCUCCAUCAGUGGUGGUAACAGCCCACACUCAGAGCUUCUCUCCGGGCAUGGAAAUUCGACUUUCCUGCUCUGCCUCGGGGUCCCCACCUCCCAAGAUCUUCUGGAGUCAUGGGAACAUCUUUCUCACCAACCACCACCGAAUGACCAUAUCUGAGUCUGGCACACUGACCAUUAGAAAUGCUGUUCUUGAAGAUGCUGGAAACUACACAUGCUUGGCAAUGAAUGAGGCUGGCACUGCUACUCAGUCAGUGUUUCUCAGUUACACAGAACCUCCUAGUAUAUCAGUGGUGCAACAGGUGGUGUUGGUGAUGACUGGAGAGGAUGCUACACUGCAGUGUAGAGCCACAGGUGUCCCACCCCCACUGGUUGAGUGGCACAAGGGGGAUCUGGAGAUGGGGACAACACCGUUUGCUGAGCAGGAUGUUGAACACGGGACCCUGCUGAUCCGUGGGGUACAGGAGAUAGAUGCAGGAGAGUACAGCUGUGUGGCCAGCAGCCCUGCAGGAACUACCUCUGCUAUUGUUCUGCUGCAGGUGGGAGCUGCCCCAGUAUUCUCAGAAUCUCCACGGGACGUCACGGCCGAUGUGGGCGAGAACGUUACACUGCCUUGCGCUGCUCGCGGUUUCCCCGUCCCUUCCCUGGCGUGGCGGCGCCAGGACGGACGGCCCAUCUUCGCCAAGUCGACUAGUCACGGGGGCGCCCAGCAACUGCCAUCCGGCGCUCUACUGAUCCAGAGUGUUUGGCUGGAAGAUGAAGGUCUGUAUGUGUGUGAAGCCAAGAAUCAGUUUGGAUCUGUCUCUACAGAAGCCAGGGUCAGAGUAACAGGCCUGCAGCCCCCACUACUGGCUCAAGGUACACCAGUCAUCACAUCUGUGGUUGGUCAGUCUGUGACCAUUCCUUGCAUGCUAUUGGAUGGAAUUCCAUUACCUGAAAGAGUCUGGGCACACAACGGAAAACAAGUGAAACUGGGUGGCAGAGUGUUCAUCAGGAGUGAUGGAAGUCUGCAUAUAGACAGAACCAGUCCUGAGGACGGUGGGACGUAUGUUUGCACAGCCAUCAACGUGGCAGGUUCAGUCAAUAUAACGACCAGCCUGGAGAUUCAUGUGCCUCCUGAGAUCAGUGCCGGACCUUUGCACUACAUAGCCAAUGAGGGUGUGCCCAUCACCCUAACGUGUGAGGCCCGUGGGAUUCCGAAACCGACAGUCGUCUGGGCCAAGGGGAGAGCACCUCUUUCCCUGGACAGACUGGCUCCUCCGUCAGACAAUGAUGGACAGCUUCACAUCCUGAACCCCACAGCAGACGAUGCAGGGGUCUAUGUCUGUACGGCCACCAGCCCUGUGGGGUAUGCCAGUCGAGAGAUACAACUUAGCGUUAACACUAAGCCCAGGAUUGUUAAUGCAGACGAUAAGCAGAAGAUGGUUAAGAUGGCUGCUGAGGUGGGAUCAGAGGUCAUUUUACCCUGUGAGGUUCAGGGCAGUCCUACACCUCUGGUGACCUGGAACAGAAAUGGACAACCCAUUCCACCUGUUACAGCCUGGUUUACUGUCAUGCCAUCUGGAUCUCUGAAAAUUAGUGAUGUGAGACUGAUUGACAGUAAACUGUACACCUGCUCGGCAGCUAACCCAGCUGGCAAUGUGUCCCUCACCUACAAUUUACAUGUACAAGCUAAGCCGAAAAUCAUGGCAGCACCCAACUCUCUGAAGGCUCUGAUUGGUCAGACAGUGGUUUUGCCAUGUGUGGUUCAGGGAGAGCCCACCCCUGAGCUCAGCUGGUUUCACAAUGGUCGUCCUGUGGGCCACAACAAAACGUUUAAAAUCCAGGCUGUCAAUCACUCAGACAGCGGGACUUACAGCUGUGUGGCCAAGAACAGUGCGGGGCAAGAUACCAUAGAAACAACUCUGCAAGUUUUAGAGACCCCCUACUUUGAGGAGACCACCGAGGCCAUCAUGGACAAGGUGGCUAAUAGCAGGGUCAUCAUCCCCUGUUCGGCUAAGGGUUCUCCUCGUCCAAGAGUGCGGUGGUUCAAAAAUGGCCUGGAGAUCCUCACUGGCCAAUCAGAGCAUGGAGUUUCAAUAGAACAGGAUGGCUCUCUUGUGAUUGGUUCUGCAUCCGCCAGUCACAGCGGGGAUUAUAAGUGUGUGGCUGCAAAUGAGGCUGGUUCUGCUGAGAGAAAGACCAGAUUGAAAGUGAAUGUUCCUCCAGAGAUUCAGGAUGAUGGGCAGCCUGUAAACCUCACUGUGACCCUGAAGCAGCCUCUCAUUUUGGGCUGUGAUGCCUUUGGCAUCCCCACCCCCACCAUCACCUGGACCAAGGACAGCAGACCUGUACUGGAGACUCCUGGAGUGUACCUACAGAAUGGGAAAAGGCUGUUGAGAAUCUAUCGUGUCCAGAAUGAACAUGCUGGACAGUUCUCUUGCAUUGCCAAGAACUCUGCUGGUGAGGCAAGGAGGGACUAUACCAUACAUGUGCAAGCUCCCCCAGUGAUCUCAGGCUCGUCUGGAGUACAGGAGCUGACAGUAGUGACGGGACAGGAAAUAGAUAUGCAGUGUCGAGUGACAGGCCGUCCACUCCCUAAAGUGGAGUGGAGUCGUGACGGAGAAGUGUUAUCUCCAAAUGGAGACCCUCAUGUUGAGUUUUUGGAGCAAGGCCAGCUGCUGAGGGUGAAGUCAGUGAGACUUAGGGAUCAAGGUCUGUACCAGUGUGUGGCCAGUAACAAUGCUGGCACUCAAAUGCGACAGUUCAGGCUGGUCGUCCAAGUUCCCCCUAACAUUAAAGGCCCUGGGGAGAGCGCCAAGUUGGAUGUGGUGCUGGGAUUCCCUGCUGUGCUCCCAUGUGAGGUGGAAGGUGUUCCUCUGCCCAGUAUUACAUGGCUUAAGGAUAACCAGCCCAUUGUGUCCAGCCCCCGGCAUACAUACACACGUGGAGGCCAGGCGUUGCGCAUCGGGGCAGUGAGCGGAGAUGAUGCAGGUGUCUAUACCUGCCGUGCCUCAAACCCAGCAGGCACUGUACACAGACACGGCACACUCAGAAUUCUGGUUCCCCCACAGAUUGAAGGAGGGGACUCUCCAUCCAUAAGCUUUGGGAGCAGGGAGGAGAAAGUGAGGAUCAAUGGGACUUUAACCCUUUCCUGCCAAGCUAAAGGUUUCCCUGAACCUGUCACACAGUGGUUUAAAGAUGGACAGUUGUUAAAAGGAAACUUUCAUACAGGAUUACGUGUGUCUGGUCACUUGCUUCACGUCGAGAACGCCAUGUUGUCACAUGAAGGCCAUUACACCUGUGUGGUGACCAACACAGCCGGGGAGGACAAGAGAGACUUUCACGUCACUGUACAGGUUCCUCCCAUUUUUCACCGGGUGCAUAACGGCGCGGCAGGCUGGACGCUGAGCGAGAGAGAGGAGGAUGAUUCAAAUGGAGAGAGGGAUGAUGGAAUGACUGAGAAGAGAGAAGUUGUAUUGGGUCACCCCAUCAGCCUGUCCUGUGAGAGUAAUGCCAUACCUCCUCCACAUCUCAGCUGGUAUCAUCAAGGUCGUAAGCUCACCAGUACAGAUGGAGUCGUGCUUUUGCCAGGUGGACAGAUCCUUCAAAUUCCUCGGGUCCAGCUGGAGGAUGCUGGGAAAUAUACGUGCCAAGCGGUGAAUGAAGCUGGAGAGGAUAAGAUGCAUUUUGAAGUGGAAGUUUUGGUGCCCCCAGUGAUCUCUGGCCAAUCAGAUGAGUUCAUGGAGGAGGUAGGUGCCGUGGUCAAUGCCACUGUAGCCCUGAGGUGUGAUGUCACUGGAAUGCCGACACCAGCUAUCUCCUGGCUACGGGACGGCCUUCCUCUGAUCAGUGGGCCACGUCAUCAGAUUCUGGAGGAUGGGAGGUUAUUGGAGAUCCUCAGUGUUCAGGUGUCAGAUAUGGCUGGUUAUCUGUGUGUGGCAGAGAAUAAACUGGGAGCUGUAGAGAAACUCUUCAGUCUGACAGUGCAAGUGCCACCAAAGAUUGUGGGAGAGCAUGAGGAAGAGGUGAGUGUAGUGGAAGGGCACAUGGUUUCUCUGCUGUGUGACGUGCAGGCAUACCCACCCCCAGACAUCACGUGGACCAGGGAUGGACAGGUGCUGCAGUUUAGCACAGGCAUCCACAUCCUGCCAGGUGGUCAGAUGCUGCAGUUGCCUCGGGCACGGCAGCAGGAUGCUGGACAAUAUGUGUGCACGGCCACUAACUCCGCUGGCCAAGACCAAAAGAGUAUUCUACUCAAUGUCUAUGUCCUGCCCACCCUGCUGCCCCGUUCUGACUCAGAAUCUGAGGUCCUGACUCCUCAGGUUGGCUCAUCAGUCACGUUACGCUGUGAGGCCCGUGGUGUUCCAGAACCUGAGGUGACGUGGUACCGCAACGGUCUACAGCUGUCCCCUGGCAAUGGCGUGAGGAUUGAGCACCACCGGUUGGAAAUAAUGGGCAUACAGGUAGCUGAUGGGGGAAUUUACACCUGCAAAGUGUCCAAUGUCGCAGGUCAGGUGGACCGCACCUUCAGAAUAACAGUCCAUGUGCCUCCGUUGCUUGAGGGACCACUUCACGAGACCAUUACCCAAAACAUGGGCUCUCAUGUCACACUCAUCUGUGAAACCACCGGAGUCCCUGUUCCCAGCAUUUCCUGGCUAAAGGAUGGAUCACCUAUUGAGAGCAGUCUCCAGUGGCAGUGGUCAGUGCGGGGCGGCCGUCUGGAGUUAGGGCCUCUCCAGCUCUCCCAUGCUGGGACUUACACUUGUGUUGCUAAAAACAGUAUAGGGCAAGCACAGAAGGACUAUUCUCUCAUUGUUCAAGUUUCGCCCACCAUCCUGGAAUCUGGACACCCCUCUGAUGUGAGUGCCCCUAUGGGUGAGGAGUUGACCCUGGAGUGUCGAGUGAUGGGCACACCCAUGCCCCAGCUAAGCUGGCUGAAGAACGGAGAAACUUUAGACAGCUCUACCUCUGAAAAUAUUGACAUUUCUCCUGAUGGGAGGACUCUAACACUACUGCACCUUCAGCCAGAGGACUCAGGGACAUAUACUUGUCUGGCAGUCAGUCCGGCAGGCCAAGAAAGCAAGAUCUACACCCUGUUUGUGCUCGUUCCACCGUCUAUAACAGGGGAGACCAGCACCCCGAGAGAGGUGCAGACCACUCAGGAUAGCCUGGUGACCCUGGAGUGUCACGCAACAGGAAACCCCCCUCCACAGAUCAGCUGGCUAAGGGAUGGCCAUCCCCUGCUUCUGUCUCCACGCACGCGUUUAUUGUCCUCAGACUCUGUUCUCAGGAUUUCACCAGUUCAGCUGUCAGACUCUGGAGUCUACACAUGCGUGGCACGCAGCAGAGCCGGAUUAGCUGAGCUUAGCUUUGACCUCAAAGUUCAAGCCCCUCCUGCUGUAGACAGAAAAGAACCAACUGAGCAGGUGACAGUGGUCCGUGGUUCUGCUGUGACUCUGACCUGUGAGGCGCGUGGUGUCCCCCCACCCACACUGACGUGGCUUAAGGACGGUCAGCCAUUGUCGCUGCACCGGAACCUUCUUUUGGAUGGGCAGGAGACACGCUUCCAGUUGCUUGACGUUGGGGCUUCGGACGGUGGCCUAUACAGCUGUGUGGCCAGCAACCAGGCAGGCAGCAGCACCAAGACCUUCAACCUCACUGUGCUAGAGCCUCCUAAAAUCUCAGGCUCAUCAUCUCCCGAGGAGCUGAUUGUGGCUGUGGACAGUGUGCUGGAACUGCAGUGUGUGGCUGAGGGUUCCCCACCACCGAUACUCAGCUGGCUAAAGGAUGGACAACCCCUAGAGGAGAGCUCUGCUGUUGUGGAGAGCGAUGGACAGCUUCUCAGAAUUAAUAAAAUACAGGUAGAGGAUGCAGGUCUGUACACCUGUCUGGCUAGUAGCCCAGCCGGUGAGGAUGGGAAAAACCAUUGGGUGCGCGUUCAAGUUCCACCAAAUGUCCUCGGCUCUGAUGACGUGCGAACAGUGUCUGUGCCAGCAAAAGGUCACCUAACUUUAGAGUGCCAGACAGACAGUGACCCUCUUCCAGAGAUUGAGUGGUAUAAGGACAACAUCAAACUACAGUUUGGAGGACGUAUUCAGAGUUUGGCUGGUGGCCAGUAUCUUGAGAUUCAGGAUGUGAGGCCCCAGGACAGCGGUCAGUACAGUUGUGUGGUCACAAACAUCGCUGGUAGCACUAGCCUCUUCUUCACUGUGGAGAUCCUUUUGCCACCAGUCAUCAGGAAAAGUAACUCACUGGUCACAGCACAUGUCAAUCAGGAUGCAGUCCUGCCCUGUGAAGUUGAAGGCGAGUCUGUUCCUACGGUCACGUGGAGGAAAGAUGGAAUCCCACUGCUUGUUCACAACAGCAAGUACACAUUACUUUCUGAGGGCUCUCUCCGCAUUCAGUCAGUGCAGGUGGCAGAUGCCGGACGUUACCACUGCACUGUCUCCAAUCAGGCGGGCUCUGACCACCACGGCAUGGACCUUAGAGUUUACGUGGGGCCUUCAAUCAGUCUAGGACCAUUUAAUGUGACUGUGACGAAGGGACUGAGGGCUGUGCUAAGUUGUGAGAGCAUAGGUAUACCUGCUCCCACUGUGACCUGGAAGCGGAAUGGCGCACCGCUCAAUCUGAACCUCCAGUCAGGUGCUUACAGGUUAAUGUCAUCUGGAUCUCUGGUGAUCACCUCCCCAUCUGAUGAGGAUGAGGGCUACUUUGAGUGCACAGCAGCCAAUGAGGUUGGAGAGGAGCGUCGUGUCAUCGAAGUCAUUCUUCAAGUUCCCCCAGCCAUUGAAGACGAUGUCACUUCUGUCACUGCUGUAAAGAUGUCCCCUGUAGUUUUGCCAUGUCAUGUAACUGGACGUCCUGACCCCACUGUGACCUGGACAAAGAGCGGUGUGCCACUUGGUAACAGGGGAAGCAGUUAUCGGAUACUUCCCACAGGAGUGUUGGAGAUUUUGAACACCAUGCCCAGUCAUGCUGGGAGGUACACCUGCUCUGCUCGAAACCCAGUUGGAGUAGCCCACAAACACAUCACAUUCUCUGUGCAUGAGCCUCCUGAAAUCAGGCCAAUGGCAGAGGAAAUUCAAGUCGUGUUGCAUCAUGGGAUUCUGCUUCCUUGUGAAGCUCAUGGUUUCCCCAAACCCACCGUCACUUGGCAAAGAGAGGGUGUUCCCAUAGCAACAGGUCACAGGCUGGCACUCCUUUCCAAUGGGGCUCUGAAGUUCUCACGGGUGACGUUAGGUGAUGCAGGAACCUAUCAGUGCCUGGCACAGAACGAAGCUGGCACAGCCUUUGGACAGACACGCCUUGCCCUACAAGUUCCGCCGGUGUUAAGCGUGCCACGGCAGGAGUACACGGCCAUACUUGGCAAACCGGUUAGUAUGGAAUGUGGAGCGGACGGGCAGCCCAAACCCGAGGUGUCGUGGCAAAAGGAACGUCGGCCUGUGGUGGAGGGGCCACUGUUGAAGAUAUUUGCCAAUGGCACGCUAUGGAUCGCUGCAGUGCAGCGUGGAGAUACCGGUCUCUACACAUGCUCAGGGAGGAAUGCAGCUGGAAGAGCCAGCCAAGAUAUCAGAUUGGUUAUACAGAUCCCACCGAUGAUUCCUGCGGGACAAUCAGAGAUGUCAGUCAUCCAGGGUUUCCAGGCUCUUUUGCCAUGUGCAGCUCAGGGCAUGCCAGAGCCCAGAGUGAGCUGGCAGAAGGACGGUGCCAAUGUGCCAAACCUGCCGGGCAAAUUCACUGUGUUGAGGUCGGGAGAGUUGAUCAUCGAAAGGGCGGAGUCAGGUGAUGCUGGCCAGUUCUCUUGCAUAGCUGUGAACCCAGCUGGCACAGCGCGACAUAAUAUCCACCUGUCCGUCAACAUGCGGCCUACUUUUAAAGAGUUACCAGGUGAUGUGACAUUGAACAAGGGUCAAAACCUUACUCUGUCCUGCCACGCUCAAGGAACACCUCCCCCAUCGAUAUCUUGGACUGCCAAUAACAGUCCCUAUACAGGGGCCACAGUGGACGUAUCUGGAAGGAGCUUGUUGCUUAUUGAAAAUGUGACAACAAGCGAUGCUGGAACAUAUGUUUGCAUAGCAGAAAACAGUGUCGGCACCAUACGGGCGCUCUCCUUUGUUCGCAUCAGAGAACCACCAGUGCUGAGAGGAGAGGCCCACACCACUCAGACAGUAACCCUGGGAGGAGUGGUUCAGCUGGACUGCCCGGUUCACGGAGACCCCCCUCCAGCACUCCGCUGGCUCCGAGAUGGAAGAUCACUCCUGGGCUCACUACGUCUACACCCCUUGCGUAAUGGCUCUCUGGUCAUCUAUAGUGUCACGAGCGCAGACUCAGGAGAGUACCGAUGCAUAGCUGAAAGUGAAGCUGGAACAGCAGAAAGAACCAUAUCUCUUCAAGUACAGGUCCCUGGAGGCUACUCAGACUGGCAGGAGUGGGGUCCAUGCAGUGCCACCUGUGGAGAAGGCAUUCAGGAGAGAACCAGGCUCUGCAACAACCCAGCACCAGCCAAUGGGGGUCCACCAUGUGAGGGCCCAGAUGUGGAUUACAGGAAAUGUCAGUCCUCAUUGUGUCCAGGAGAAUCCCCACGCAGGGCACGAGGUAGUUUAAUAGGUAUGGUGAAUGAGAGGGAGUUUGGUGUGGCCUUCUUGGAGGCUAACAUCACAGAGAACUCAGAAGAGGGUACCAGCACUCUCCGAGCCAAUUUGGAUAACAUCCCACCCAGCAUUGGGCCUUUGCUCCGUGUUCUUGUGUCUGUUUUUGCACCAAUCUAUUGGAGUACUGUAUAUCAGACUGGACAGACCCAGAAUGGCUACACAUUAACCCAGGGUGUGUUCAGGCAGGAGUCCCAGUUGGAGUUUGAGACUGGUGAGAUCCUAAAACUUACCCAUGUCGCCAGAGGUUUGGAUGCAGAGGGAGUUCUUCUAGUGGACAUCGUAAUUAAUGGCUACGUUCCCCCAACACUAUCAACCUCUCAUUUCAACCUGCAGGAUUUUGAUGAGUCUUAUGUCCAGACGGGGUCAGGUCAGAUGUAUGCCUGGUCCUCCCAGAAUCACCUGCAUGAAGGGACCCCAGUGACACUGCGUUGUAAUCACACUUUAGUGUUUGAAGGGCCACAGGUACGACAGGGGCCCUUGCUCCAGCUCCUAAGGCUCUCCAGCAUCAGUGGAACCUACAGCCUGCUUACUCUCAGCCUGAACUUUGAGAUGACAGCCUCUUUACUUAUCCCAGAUGGUAAUGGAGAGACAUGUCCUAAGGGCUUCAUCCUGGAUACUGCAUCUUACUGUGCUGACGAGGACGAAUGUGCUGUGGAUUCACCCUGCUCCCACGCCUGCAAUAACAUCAUUGGGGGUUUUACUUGUGCCUGUCCUUCUGGUUUCACCAUCUCUACAGAAUCCAACACUUGUCAAGAUAUCGACGAGUGUGCCCAGGGCUCACACAUGUGCCACUAUAACCAGAAAUGCGUGAACACAUUGGGCACAUACCGCUGCCAGGCCCAGUGUGGCCCAGGUUUCAAACCCAGUGUUGUUGGCACCAGCUGUGAAGAUGUGGAUGAGUGUCAGGAAUCAUCUGUGUCACCAUGCCAACAGCAGUGCCUCAACACACUUGGUUCCUAUCGCUGCAUAUGCCACCCUGGAUACCAUCUGGUUGGUAAUCGUUGUCUAGAUAUUAACGAGUGUCUGAGGAACGUUUGCCCAGCCCAUCAGCAGUGCAGGAACACAGAUGGGGGAUACCAUUGUUUCGAUAGCUGUCCAGCAGGCAUGACUGCAGCAGAAAAUGGGGUUUGCGUAGAUAUCGAUGAAUGCCAAGACGGUAGUCACAUGUGUCGUUACAGUCAGAUUUGCCAGAACACCGUGGGUGGGUAUGUGUGUGUGUGCCCUCGAGGAUACCGUUCCCAAGGUGUUGGCCUUCCGUGCCUUGACAUUGAUGAAUGCUCACAGACUCCUGGCCCCUGUGCCCACCAGUGUCGCAAUGUGCCAGGCAGUUUCCGUUGUCUGUGCCCGCCGGGUACUGUCCUGCUGGGGGAUGGCCGCUCCUGUGCUGGGCUGGAACGUAGGCAGGUCUUUGCCAACGGUACCCGCGUGCGGGCAAGGCUGCAGCCACAGCUGGUGUCUGCACUAGGUAGGCCAGUCAUCAACCGCUUUCCCAUCCGCUCCGAGUACCAGGGCUCAUCCCGUAGCCCACGCCAUGGAUGCCCGCUGGGGUAUACCAGCAAAGACGGAUCAUGUGUGGACGUUGAUGAAUGCACCUUUAGGAAGCCAUGCCAACAUGAGUGCAGGAAUACUGUCGGAAGCUUCCGGUGCCUUUGUCCCCCUGGAUACCAACUCUUACCAAAUGGCAGAAGCUGCAAGGAUAUUGAUGAAUGCACAGAGCAGGGGGUUCAAUGUGGACCAAACCAAAUGUGUUUUAACACACGUGGGGGUUAUCAGUGCAUGGACACACCCUGUCCAGCCACUUAUCAGAGAGGGAGAAGCCCAGGAACAUGUUACAGACCAUGCUCCCUGGAUUGUGGUGCUGGGAGGUCUCCUCUCCUCCUGCAGUACAAGCUGCUGACCUUACCUCUGGGCAUCCCUGCCAACCACAAUGUGGUACGUCUGUCGGCCUUCUCCGAGUCUGGCGUGCUCCAGGAACGCACGGCCUUCACUAUCCUGGAGCAGGGAGGUGAAAUCCGAGAUAAGCCCUUCGGCAUCAGGGAUGAGGCCGGCAGGGGCAUCAUCUUCACGGUGCGGCCAUUGGACCGACCGGGCCUGGUGCGACUGCGGGUGCAGGCCACCACGCUCUCGGCACAGGGGCAAAUCACCUACCAGAGCAUCUUCAUUAUCUACAUCUCCAUUUCCAGAUACCCCUACUGA